AUGAGUAAACCAUCAACUCCGAUUACAUCACCGGAAGUACUGCACGCGUCAACACGACAGCCACCCAUGAUCGGCUCGCCUUCGGCAAUUAUUAAAAAAAGUAUAACAUCUAGUGAUAAUGAUAACGCAAUAUCCAUAAACACUAAUAAUAAUAAGAAGAAAAGUCAUGAACAGGAACAACAACAACAGCAACAACAACAACAACAGCAACAACAACAACAACAGCAGCAACAACAACAACAACAGCAACAACAACAACAACAACAACAGCAACAACAACAGCAACAACAACAACAACAACAACAGCAACAACAAUCUACACCGUCGCCACCAAGUCGAAAGCGGAUAUCAGCAUCUUUUAUCAAAACACCAGAACAAUCCAAGGACGCGACGUUUAAGCGAAAUUCAGCAACACUACCGUUUACACCAUCAUACAAGAGGACUAGCUCAGGCUCCUAUAAGUCGCCAGAUGGGAAAUUGGUCUAUCACAACAUCAACUCCCCAUUUAGUGCAGCACAUCUUUUGAAAACCCCCAGACAUUCUGCUAUAGACGAUUCGCCAGAAGGCGACGAAGGCGAUGGUGAUGGCCGGAGAGUGAAAAUGUCAAAGACACCUCAAUACUUGAGCACUGCAAAAAGAUUGUUUCAAAACGAAGAGACAUCUGCUGCCACCAAUAAUACAAUAGCCAGUCCGAACAGAGAAAGCUUACAAGAAAUAAGCUUGAAGUUGAAAAACAAACUUACCAAGGCAUUGGGUAAAUUACAAAAAGACGAAAUAUUUACUCCAGCUUCAUCAGUGCAAAAUAAAUUAACAUUUACCGAGUUAUCGUUUGAUUCACAAACUUCGCCGACAAAAAAAUAUAACCCAACUUCAAAUAUGAAAUUGACAAGCAGCAGGGCUUCUGCAAAUACCCCGAAUCGAGCCAAUUUGAAUUUGCAAACAUUACAACAAUCCCCUAUAGCGAAAACUACACGCUCCUCAUUCUCCACAACUACCACCACCAAUAAUAACUACAAGAACAACAAGAACAAUAAUUAUCAUUACGAUAAUGAUAAUAAUAACAAUAAUAAUAAUAAUAAUAAUAACACCUCUAGGCCUUUUUCAUCACGAAUAGACAAGGAAACGAGCUCAUCAUUGAAACAUUCGCCUGUAUUGAAACAAACAGGGCCAGAGGCAUUUUCGCGAUUGAACGAUAUGCCAUCACCUGACGAAGAAACGAAUGCACAAUCAGCUUUACUAGCGGCAUUAUCUCGACUGAAGAGGUGCUCUUUUUCAAUAGCUGAAGAUAAGAAUCCAACGUUACAAAUUAUUACUGCAACUCCAGCACCAACACCACUGCAGGAGGUCAAAUUGCCACCAAUAAGACUGGCAGCAUCACUAGAUAGUAAGAAUAACGAAAAGGAUGCUGUUUUCUCACUAAUGGCUUUGUCUUCACCGCAGUCCAUUGGUUCUAGACGUGGAAUGGUUUUUCCUACAGACGAUACAGACGAGGAACAAGAUAAUAUAUCUGAUGAGACUGUUGAUGAAGAAUAA